UUGGGAUCUGAAUUAGAUUUUCAUUUAAUGAUGGUUGCUAGAUGGUGCGUGCGCAGUGUAAUGUCAAGUACAUGGAAGUGAAGUACUAUUGAUCCGGUGCAGACGCGUCGUGAGUCUCCGUUAGCUGUGAUAUGCGUGGCGUGUGAGUGUGAACCGACGGACGAGCGUGUCCUCACAAGCAGGUGAACAUUUACGCCGCCUACGCUUCUAACUCCACGGUCGUCUUUUUUAGUUGCUUCACAUGUGUUCUUUUAUUUCUCCAACGUAUUUGUUUCCUUUCCUUUCCCCGCGACCACAAACUCAUACCAUUGCGAAAGCCGGAGUGACUGAGGCUUCGCGCGCAAGGUGGCGUCACUCAGGAUGUCUGUAAAUAUAGCGCUUGAGCAGCAUAGCCGGCACAUUUACCGUAAGUACAGCAACCGUGCUGUUCGCUGGCAAAGGCGCUCAAGCCAAAGCAAAGGAACUUGAAAGCAUUUCAGUUUGUACUGGGAAUGCGAUGUGUAAGUGAAUUAGUGAAUUUAAUUGUGAUUUCUAGCCGUGAUGACGUAGGAGCCCGAGCAGGCCCGAAUGACGUCCGAGGACCUGCUACAACCUGGCCACGUGGUGAAGGAGCGCUGGAAGGUGGUAAGAAAGAUCGGUGGCGGAGGCUUUGGAGAAAUUUACGAGGGACAGGAUCUUAUCACACGCGAACAAGUCGCACUAAAAGUGGAAUCGGCGCGACAACCAAAGCAGGUGCUGAAAAUGGAGGUGGCAGUGUUGAAGAAGCUACAAGGAAAAGAGCAUGUGUGCCGAUUCAUUGGAUGUGGGAGGAAUGAUCGAUUCAAUUAUGUAGUGAUGCAAUUGCAAGGAAAGAACCUGGCCGAAUUGCGACGUGCGCAACCACGUGGCGCCUUUAGUUUAAGUACCACUCUAAGGCUAGGCAUACAAAUUUUACGUGCUAUUGAGUCCAUUCACUCUGUUGGCUUUUUACAUCGUGACAUAAAGCCAAGCAAUUUCAGCAUUGGUCGUUUGCCGUAUAAUUGUCGUCGAGUAUAUAUGCUAGAUUUUGGACUGGCGCGGCAAUAUACGACUGGCACUGGAGAAGUACGAUGUCCACGUGCCGCAGCUGGAUUCAGAGGUACCGUUAGAUAUGCCAGUAUAAAUGCACAUCGAAAUCGUGAAAUGGGCCGGCAUGAUGAUCUUUGGUCGUUGUUCUACAUGUUAGUAGAAUUCGUGAAUGGACAGCUGCCGUGGCGUAAGAUUAAGGACAAGGAGCAGUUUCUCGAGCACAUUCAAUCACUUAUGUAUGCGGACAAACCAGACUACACGAUGCUAGCCAGCCUGUUCGAACGUUGCAUGAAACGACGUGGUGUAAAAGAAGCUGACCCGUACGAUUGGGAAAAAGCAGACUCCGUUACCGGAACAACUGUGAUAACGGCGAACUCACUUCAAAGUCAACUGCGCAAUGAACAUCUACAUGUAACACAAAUGACAGUAGCAGCCAGCAGCCACAUAGAGGUCCCCCGGCCAUCCACAACAGAACCUUUAAAAACUCCAGAUCGUAACUGCAACACGACCACGCAGCCUUUAGCAGUACCACAACGCCCCCAAGUACCGCCCCAACGCCUACGAAUUGAUCAAACAUCUGUUCGUACUCUGCCGAAUGCCGUUUCACUGAAUAGUCCUACAAAACGGAUUGUAGUUGGCCCAACAGAUUGUGAUUUCAGGCACAGAACUUGGGCCCGCCGUGAGCCCCCAGAUGACAGCAUUUAUUCUGUCCUUGUCGCCUUGAACGUUAUUCUGCAACCGCAUGCAAAAACGCACGAACUAGAGGCAAAGAACAACGAAAACACACCGCCCAAAAGCGCAGAGAAAGGGAAUGUAGGUCGCUUGAGAGUUUUAACAGCGCCACCAACCAGUGUUCAAGAUUUGGGUAGUUGUACAGAUACAGCAGCUUCACUACCCACGGCAGUAGGUCGUGGCAUGCUGAAGAGUUUUGGUGGACGACGAUCCAGCGGAAUGCGACCGGGUUGCCGACAAGUGACACGAGAUCACAGUGUGACUCAGUUUGCCGUUAUUGAUGAUGAGAAUGUGUCAGCACUUCAGCAAAUCACUCGAGGUGGUGCAGCACUUACUCUAGCAUCGCAAUGGAAAAGUCAGUUUGACGAUAGUGAAGAGACUACAGAUAACGAGUGGCGACAAGAACCACAUAGUCCACAGCCAUGGCGUCGGCGUGCUCGUCGCACCCACCUUAAUAUAACAGGUAUUGAAAAGUACUCACAGCUGCAAGAUUACUUACCACAUUGUUGGAGUGAACCGGCGCUCGGUGAAAUCUUGCGACAUCAUCUGACACCGCCACUAUUGCAGCAAGCGGCCUUUGAUAAGACGGUAUUUCAAUUGGACAUAAUGCGGAACGUGGGAGUAUGCGUUGUAAGUCCUGAUCUCCAGACGAUCCCCGCGGUGCUGGCGCCGGCCGUGGGUAGUCUUCCAAACAUGGCGCUGCAGGAUUUUUCUCCCCCUGACGAGCCAGUCUCGGUAGAAUGCGCUGUAGCCGGCAAGCUGGAGAUUCGCGUCUUGCCACUAGACCUCAAACAGCGCCCUCACUCAGUGGAAGAAUGAAGCAUUUGUACGAGGGGAAAUGAUAUCGCCGUUCGGCUCAGACACAACACCAAAUAAAUGAGGCAGUGUUAUUUUAAAAGUCGUGUGUAGUGUGAAAUAAAUGCAACAAAAACAA